GUGAUUCUGUUUUGCCAAUGUUCCGGCCGGUUAACGUUUUCAGCUCCUUUUCUUUUCCGAACUGCAAAAGCUGUACAGCUGCUCUACUUCUCUUUCUACGGACUGUGGGAGGUUGUGGGGCGGACUGUGGAAGGAAGGGGGCGUGGUCUCCGUUUAUUGCGCACGCGCGUUGGUGAACUCUAGGUUCUCCAAACAGCCACGUCAUUCAGGCGAGGCGACGGAAACAGAAGUCCCUCUGUUGUUUCGCAUUGUGCGGUGCAGGAGACGGGAGAUGAUUGUUGACUGAGUGAGUUUAUAAAUAACCCCAUCACCGAGAGACAGAGGAGAGAAAUAACACCCAGAUGGAUAUAAAAGAGGAGAUGUGUGAGGUUGACCUAAAUGUCAUGGAGACAAGGAUCGUAAAUGUUAAGGAGGAGAACUGUGAUUGGGAGCCUGUCCACCCAAAACAGGAGAGUCUGGGCAUUAAGGAGGAGGAUGACUGUGAAUUCUGGUCAGUGGCCAUUAAAGAAGAGCCUGAAGAGAACUCUGUCAACAGUGUGACUGACAUCCUUACAAGUGUGGAGGGCAUUAAGGAAGACGACCAUCAUUAUGGAUAUCAAGAUGAUGCAGCAACCGUGUUAGCCUCUUAUCAAAGCACACACUCUUCAUCUCCUGAGUCUUCCAUCAAUGUGAAGUCUGAAUCAUCACCGUCUGACACAGAGGAGAGUGAAGAAACUCUAGAAGAUCAGCCGCUUUCAGAGAAAUCUGGAAAAGGAAUCGAAAAUAGCUACUCUACUGAGUGUGGUAAACAAAUCUGUGCAAACAGCACACUUGGGACCAUUCCCAUGGGAGAGAAGCCAUAUAGCUGUUCUGAAUGUGGCAAACGGUUUUCACAAAGAGGGCAUCUUCAGAACCACAAAAGAAUUCACACCGGGGAGAAGCCAUAUUGCUGUAAUGAAUGUGGCCGACAUUUUUCACAAAGAAGCAACCUUAAGAGCCACAAAAUGAUUCACAACGGAGAGAAGUCCUAUUGCUGUGAUGAAUGUGGCAAACAGUUUUCACGAAGAGGAUCUCUUGAGACCCACAAAAGAAUUCACACCGGGGAGAAGCCGUAUUGCUGUAACGAAUGUGGCAAACAGUUUUCACAAAGAUGCCACCUUCACAACCACAAAAGAAUUCACACCGGGGAGAAGCCGUAUUGCUGUUCUGAAUGUGGCAAGCAGUUUUCACAAGGAAGCUACCUUCAGAGACACAAAAUAUGUCACAUGGGGGAGAAGCCAUUUCGCUGUUCUGAAUGUGGCAAACAGUUUUCACAAAGAGGCCAUCUUCAGACCCACAAAAUAAUCCACACUGGGGAGAAGCCCUAUUGCUGUAAUGAAUGUGGCAAACAAUUCUCACAAAGAAGCUGCCUUCAGAGACACCGAAGAAUUCACACAGAUGAGAAGCCAUAUUGUUGUUCUGAAUGUGGCAAACACUUUUCAAAUGGAAGGUACCUUAAGAGACACAAAACGAGUCACAUGAGGGAGAAGCCAUAUCACUGUAAUGAUUGUGGCAAACAGUUUUUAAAAGAGUGCCAACUUCUCUCGCACAAAUUACUUCACCUAGAGGAGAAGCCAUAGUGUUGUUCUGAAUGUGAUUGUGCCACUUGUGCUGGAAUCAACAAACCAAAAAAACAAAAAAUAUCGAGGUCUUACUAAUCAACAUCACUCCAUAUGAAUUACAGAAGGAAGAACCAUUAAGAACAAUACAAGUACCAGCGUGGUCCAGAUCUAAUUAUGCAACUGUUCGACUGACAACCGUCUUCUCGCCCUUUUGGAAUACAGGGUAGGUGCCGCCAUCUAUCGGCAACAAAAAGAAUUGUAUGUGAAAUCUCUAUGUAAUAAACUUAAUAAGUGAUAGCAUAAUGAAAAUUGCAUACAUCUUAUACAACGCCGAGCCCUGGCAGCCAACUGAAGAGAAUAACGAGCAGUAUGAAAAUAACUCUAGAAAAAGAAGCACACUUUGAGGACUCGAGAGUGAUGAGGUGUUACUCCUGUCCUGAAAAGUAAACCAUUGUUGGGACAUUAAUCUCCGAGAGAAGCUGUAUGGCUGUGAUGAAUCUGACAAACGGUUUUCACAAAGAAGGAAUCUUCAGUGCCACCAAAGAAUUCACACAGGAGAAAAGGCCGUGUUGCUGCAAUGAAUGUAGCAAGCAGUACAUUGUCAGGUGAGGAAGGAAGAAAUGUAAUCCUGCCAACUACUCCAGUCUUGUUAAGUACAGUGGUGCCUUGGUUUGUGAGCAUAAUUCAUUCCGGAAAUGUGCUUGUAAUCCAAAGCACUCGUAUAUUAAAGCGAAUUUCCCCAAAAGAAAUAAUGAAAACUCAGAUGAUUGGUUCCACAACCCAAAAAUAUUCAUAUAAAAAUGAUUAAUAUAAAAUAUAAAGUAAAAAUGCAUCAAACAAAUUAACCCGCACUUUACCUUUGAAAAGAAUCGUGGCUGGUGUGAGGGAGAGAGAGAGGAGAGGAGGAGGAUGGUUAUCGUGUAGGACGACUUUCACUCUAACUAACUAAAGCCCUGCUAUCUGGAAUCUUUUUCUUUGUGACUUUAACAAGGAAACCAAUCCAAUGGCAGUUGCUUUUGCUUCCUUUUGAAGAUUUCGUGGAAAUGUGACCUUGCAUUGCCAUUAAACAGAUUCAUCGCUCGGAUUGCUACAGCCUUAUUUCGAGUGGUGCUUUCGACAAAACUUUGCACUCUUUCCCACAUUUUACACAUCUCCCUAAUCUAGUGCCGUUAUUAAAGAACAGUCACUACACUUGGGCACAAAAUUUAAAAAAAUGCUUUACGCACGCACACGUGUUCACAAUGCGAUAGUAAGCAGCAUACGCUCGUACGGAUGUUGACUAAACGAGUGAGGCAUGCCGAUUGAGACUGAGCAUGGGAAACGAUUACCCACAAUCCCACAGUGAGAGAGAGAGCGAGAGAAGAACCAUCGGUUCUGUUGUGAUCACGUGACCCCCGGCAGACAGUGUAUACAUACUACUCGUAUUGCAAGACCUCGCUCGUUUAUCAAUUUAAAAAUUUUUUGCUCGUCUUGCAAAACACUUGCAGACCAAAUUACUUGCAAUCCAAGGUUUAACUGUACCUUUUUUUGAGGUGGGCUUUAUUAUACAAGAACUAUACCCAACCUUAUCAAGGCAAACCUACUCUUAUAGUUUAAAAAGAAUCCAAGAAAGUAAUUCAUACCGAGUGCACGUCUCCUCGGAUAAAAUAGUGCACACCCUCUGCCACCGCACAAGUAGGACAAAGUGGGCAUUGCCCGUUCUACUAAACUUACCAGGCCCAUUAAGAAAGCAAAUAUAAGAGGAAUAACUAAGAGACUGAACUCCAGCUUGUACCUGGAUCUGCCUGGACUUUAUCGGAUAACGCAGAUGUCAGUUGAAUGUGGAGCGGAGUCCUCUCCUGAUGCCCCUCUGCAGGCUUCUUUGAGCCAGAAGGCAAGAAAUGUACUCCAGCAAGAACAAAGUUGUUAAAUCAUGGAAUGAUGACUCUGAUGGACAGAUGAACUCGCAUAUGAGGAUACAGAUUUAGGAUCUGGAAGAAACUUUAAUCCAAUCAGGAGAUGUUAUACAUCCCCUUACACUUUCUAUUCUAAUCACCACUAUUCUGUUUUUUCCCUGGUUCUUCUGUGGUGACGAUCUGCACCAUGCAGCCCUCUUGAGAUGUUUGAAUGAAUUUGGGUAUCUCAGUUGUCCAUGAGACCAACUUGAUCAAAUUCUUUCAUGUGAAACAUGAAAGCUAAAGGGGUUUGAUUUAGCGAUAGAUUCAUUUUGGGUAGAAUGCCCAAUGGGGGCUGGAUGGACUUGUGAUCUUGGAACCCCUGCAGAUUUUUUCCUCCAGCUUACCUGAACUUUUUAUGUGUGUGUGUGUUUUUCAGUCCUUCCGGCUAUCUGAUCUUACCUUGUUUUGUUGUUGUUCUAUUCAAUAUUAUUGCCUAAUCUUUGUUUCUUUUUUGUCACCUUGUCAAACACUUUGAGCUACAUUGUUGUAUGAAAAUGUGUUUUAUAAUAUUGUUGUUGUUAAAGUUAAAUCGAGUUCCACUUGUGCGUUUCAAGAUAUUCUUUGGACACGCUCACUGAAUUCCUUAGAGAUUCUCCCAGGGAGGGGGAACCCUUCUAAAUGACUGAAAACCUCUGAAAGCUGAGGACCCUGUGGAUCAGAAAUUGACAGCCUCACUGCCAUGGCAAGCUGUGGGCCAUUGGGCUGAAAUUUUAAUUCAUUAAAUGAAUUCAAGAAGUGCCAGAACGAGUAAAGAGCUGGCUUCAGUUUUAGACGACGAAACAAAGGGCUCAACAGCAGCUUCACCAAUCACCACAAAAAGGAUCAUGCAGUAAACGGGAGGAGUGCACUCCAAUCCAAGGAGGAUCCUCCACUUGAACCAGGAGAAGCAACAACUCCACAGAACAUCAGAUGUCAACUUUAUAGACUUGGUAACGUAAAACUAUUUAUCUGUG